AUGGCGGAACCUAAUGCUGGAGUUUCAGGUGCUAAAGUUGCGAGCGAUUUGGCCAUAAACAUUGGCACAAUAGUCCCAUUAAUUGCACUUCCAGCAAUAGUAUUUAAAGAAAUAAUUAAUUUAACUGAAAGAGCAGGACAUAAUAAAGCAAUUUGUAAUAGGUUAGCUGAUCGUAUACGUGUUUCAAACCAAGCUCUUGAUAAAAUUACUGUAAAAGAUGAAAAUGACUUGGCUUUAAGAGGUUAUGUUCUUGCGAUAACAAAGUGUAAAGAUUUUAUUGAUAAAAUUAGCAAGUCUUCACCAUUUAUGAAAUUAAUUGCUGCUCGUGAGAUUGAAAAUAAUUACAACGAAAUUACUAAAGAAUUUGAUUCAGCGAUUGCACAAUUAGGAUUAUCUACUUGUCUUCGAACGAACAGAGACAUUGAAGACGAUCAAAGAAUAUUCCAUGCUGAUAUUAAAACAUCACUUCAAGUAAUAGAAGAAGUUAUGCAGGAUUUAUUUGACAACGGAAUGAAUAAUACAGAGAAACUUAAUGCAGUUGAAAAUAAGUUGACUAUGAUUCAAACGGCUAUUACCAAUGAUCAAAGUUCAGCGGCAAAUAAGAUCUUUAAAAAAUCUCAAAUUUCUGGAAAUCAAAUUACAGAUCAUAUAGAAAAUGGAAAGGAAGUGAAACGUGGUGACGGACAAAUCGUUAAAAAAAUUAUGAGCGGAGUCCAGCCAGUUGCUCAAAAAGAAAUCGCAUAUAUUGCGACCUUAAGGUCUUCAGAUGGCAAUACUACGGAAGAUCCCGCUGGAAAAAUUGAAAAACUUGAAAAGCAGGUCUCGAUUCUUACCGAACUGAAAAACUGCUUGAAUAUCAUAGCCUUUUAUGGUACAACGCAGGUUAAUGGUAAAUUGUACAUUAUUUCGGAAUGGGCAGAAGUGGGGGAUCUCAACACCUACUUGAAAAACAACCCAGGCCUGUUAUGGGACUUUAAACUAAGAAUAGCUUCUGAAAUCGCUAGUGGUUUAGCAUUUUGUCAUUUUUGUGAUAUUUUGCAUCAUGAUAUAAGAAGAUGGCUUUCACCUGAAAAACUUGCAAAUUAUGCUGCCACUCCCUACUCCAAGCAAUCAUCUCAAGAAAUGCCAUUCUCAGAUGUUACCAAUGUACCAGAGUUAGUUAACCGUGUUACGAUACUAGAAGAUCGACCACCAUUAAUAAGUGGUACACCUAAACCUUACGAAAUGAUAAUGAAAUUAGGUUGGAGUCCACAACCAAUUCAAAGACCGACAGCUGACUCGAUGUUCAGAGAAUUGAAAUCACUUGUCAGAUCGAAUCAUAGGAAUAGUAUUACUGGUUUUGAUUCAUUCACCUCGUUCAUUCCUACUCGACAUGAUUCAAUGCCUUCAGCAUUAGAAGCCGAUAUUCAAUCUACAUUUUCAAAUAUGGUAGAAGAUGACUUUGUUGAAAUUCUCGAAUCUAAACCAGAUUUUCCAGAUAUUAGUGAAGCCAAAAGGUUACAUAGUGAAAAAAAAUAUGGUGAAGCGUAUAAAAUCUUCAAAUAUCAUGCAGAUCAUGGAGAUGCAGCCGCAGAAUUUUAUGUUGGUUAUUAUCUAAUUUCAGGUGAUCAUGAUAUACCACAAGAUAAAGAAUUAGCGGUAGAAUAUUUCCGUCGAUCAGCAGAAAAAGAUAUUCCAGAUGCACAAUUUAGAUAUGGUGUAGCUUUACUUGGUGGAGAAGGAGUUAAGAAAAGUGCUGAGAAUGAUAGAAUUGCUAUAGAAUAUUUAGAAAAAGCUGCAGUUCGUGGAAAUAUAAAUGCAAUGUUUAAUUAUGGUGAUUUAUUGAUUAACGGUGCUCAUGGUGUUCGACAAAAUUUAUCAGAAGGUGAACGUUGGUUGAAACAAGCACAUUUGAAAAAACAUCCUCAUGCGUAUAAAAAAUUAUCAGAAAAAUAUAAAAGUUUAGGAAUGGAAAUUCCUAAAGAAAUAGCUGAUGGACUUAAACGAAUAUAG